UUGUUUGUCCCAUUUUUGUUUGUCGAGUCUUUUCUGUGACAUGUUUUGAUUAACAGAAACCUAGUAUUUACAGGAGAAUUACUCCUUGAAUUCCCUGGUAAUCUCCAAAGAAACUAUGUCAUUAUCUUCUUGCAUUCCAUCCCUGAUUUAGCUUUCAGGUUGCAUGCUGCUGAAACAUGGAAGUUUCCUAAUUUCUGAUAACCUGGAAUACUAGUUCUGGCUCUGCCCAGUAAAUAUCUCACCAACUUUAGGAACAAGUAAGACAGUGGUUUGCUUUUCUUUUAAAAAGUUGUCUGCUUGCAGAGACAGCCAGCUGUAAAGUUUGGCUAAAGCUGAGCUCAGGAAGAAGGGGAGGACAUGCAGAAGAUGGUUUCUGAGGUUCUCUUGUCUGUGACAUAGGGAGAUUUGGUAACAGAAUGUUCUGCUCUGGCUACAUAUAGUAAAUGGUUUGUGAAUGCAAAGGGAGAAAUGCAGUUUUGAAGAUUAACAAUAGAGUUAUUGUUUAGUGAUAGGAAAAUGCUAAUGUGAAAUCCAUCGUGUUAGUUCAAAAUGGGGUAGGAAUUUGGGAGCCAAAUAAAAUGUUUCCAUGUGUUUCAAUUUUUUCAGUGAUUGAAGUAACAGAAUUUCAGUCAUCUCUGUAUAUAGCAUGAGAGUUGAAUCUUGAGGUAGUACAUCAGGUUAUAUUCCUUGUAACCUGAGUGUUUGAGGCAAAGACCAUGAUAGAUCAGUCAUUGAACACUGAAAUUUUUUCAGAGGUAAAAGUAUAUUCUUGUGUAAUUAUAUGUGUUGAGAAGAUUGAAUAUUUAUUUUCUUAAAACUCUUGGUAAUUUUAAUUUGUUUUCCUGUUUGCUUUUCUAAGUAAAAUGGAGGGGAGAAAUGUAGUUGGGAUUUUUGAGUCUGAUGCAUUCAGAAUGAACAGAGAUUUCAUACCCACAGGCUGGGUGGUUUGACUUGAUCGUUCAUGCUGCUUUUGACAAUAAUGUGAAAUUCACCUGAAAAUCUGAUAUUACGUAAAGUUUCCAUGGAAUGUGAAUAAAUUAAGGCAUUUCUUCACCCUCAUUUUGAAGCUAAUAAAUUAAUGAUUAAAUUGCCACAAUUUUGUAAGUGUGGGAAGAAAAAUCUGGGCUCAGAUUUAAUUACAAGAGCCAUCGUUAAAAUUACAUUUUUAAAAAAAGGUCACUAGAAUUAAGAGUUUUAAAGAAAGCUAUUCUUUUUACUGUACCAUUAUCACUGGAUAGAAUAAAAAUAUUAGUGCUAAUGAUAAACUGUUGUUAGGAAUUGUGUAGAGAGACAAUAAAUGUCAAAACUCUAGGGAGGAAAUGCAGGGACUUCUAUGGCAAUUACAUGAAUUAAAGCAAGGAUAUGUCAUGACAUUAUCAGGGACCAAUUUGUCAAUCUUCAGUGUCAUGUCUAGAGUGCACCCUAAAUUUACCUAGAGUUCUGUGUCUGUCUAUCCAGAUAAAAGCCAUCUGUGUGACAUCUGUGGAUUACUAGAUAAGUGUAAAAGCUUUAAGCAGCUCCAUAGCUCCCUUUGGGUAUUAUUUUAGUAGAAAGGAAUCACAUUGGUCUUCAAGUAAAUGCUAAGUACCCCCGCAGUUUUACAAGUUGAAACACGUGCAUGUCACAAGUUGGAGUAUUGGAAAUACACAGAGAAGGAAUGGUAGACUAUUUCUGGUUGAUGCUGACUCUUCAAACUUUCUUCUGAGGCAUUGCACCUCUCCAGAGGUGCCUUUCCAUAUCCUCCCUACCUUGGUGGGGUGGAAAUUUUCUGGGUUAGCAGAUACUGCAUUUCCCACUUGUGUCACACCCUGUCUGGGUUAGGGAUGACCGGAUGGUGCAAUAUGAUCGCAGCCCAGCACUGUGGCAAUUCUCUGCUGGUUGUUUGAGUGUGUUUUACAAACCCAGUUACAACUGCUUCUUUUCAAGUUUAAACAUGAUAUUUAGAACUUUUAAGUGUGCUGUUUUGUGUUAAGUUUUUAGUUCUUGUUGCUUAUGAUUUUAUUAAUUUAUGCUUAUGAUUAUGAUUUUCUUCUUGUUGCUUAUGAUUUUCAAGUUUUUAUAUAGCCUGAACUCAGGCUUAAUUAAUCAGAUUUCUGUCUUAAAUCUUGGCACAUUUAUUGUCAGUUCCUCUUCUGUCUCCCGAAACACAAGCCAGUAAUUUUAUGAACAGCUUCUUUCAGCUCUUUGAACUUAUGAAAUAUACUGAUCUUGAACUUUAGUUGUGUUCUUGAAAAGAAAGAUGUAUUUAUUAGUGAAUUAUCUGGAAGUUUCUGGAAAUACUUCUGUGGGGUUUUUUUGUCCAAAAAUUCCCAAGGUGGCUUUCAAAGAAGUUCUGCUAUGCUAUUUCCAUUUUUUUUAAGUUCCUUGGGUUUUUUGUACUUCUCUUGUUCCAGCUAGCACUUCAGUGCCUUGGUUUGAUUGCUACUUCCUUGGUAUAAUCAAACUCUGUGAUUUUAGUGGGGUGUAUGUUGGGGUCUUUUUGUUUGAUUCAAGAUUUCUUUUUUCAGUGGGAUGGCUCUGCUCUUGUAUUCACACUUUUCCAGCUGGGUCCCAGGGGCUCAUUUUUGCACAAUCCACCUAUGUCUUGGCCUCCAGGAAUUCCUUGCUUGGGAAAGGAAGUGACACUGCCAACUGGGGCAAUUGUCUCUAGAAAGCAGUGGGUGGUUACAGGUUUUUGGCAAGUCAUUGAACCUGGUAGGGAACUAACUAUAAAAAAAAAUCCCUGUGUACAGCGUGGUCUUGCUAAAGCAUCUGCUCUGAAUGAAUCUGCUUGUGAUUUGCAGGGUGCAAAUUUAGAGAAUCAUUGCAUUCAUACACCUGGAUUAGUGCUGCUUCCAGUCAGACACUGUUUAGGGUGACAGAUGCUGUGUCAGAAUAGUACUGUCAGUGCAGAGAGACCUGGGGGUUGAUAAUACUGUGUGUUCAGGGAGUGUGGGUGCAGUCUAUCAAAGAAUGAAAGCCAGUUUGUUUGGAAGUAGCAGCAUAUCUAAAUUGAGAAGUAUUUUUGUGGACUUUCCAGCAGUCCUUGAUGGAAUUUGUAUCAUAAGUUUCUUAAUAAUCUUUUGAAAAAUGUUAUAAGAUUGCAGGGUUGUGAUGUCAGUAAUGAAAACAUACUUAUACCUUAAUUUGCUGCCUUUUUCUCUUAUUUUUGUACAUUUAUCUGUCUGAUGGACCCAGCAGAAAUGAAAGUAGCAUGUAAGAAGUGUGUUGUCUUAAUACUUACUGGCUUUGAAUUCCAUUUUAAAGGCACUGGUGUCUAGUUAAUUUGUGAACCUCUUGCUUUUAUGGGAGAAAAAUAAAGAAAAAUAUGCAGAAAUCAAGUGUAGAGAGAAAGCAGAACAAACCAUUUCUUUAACAAGAACAACAACUAGAACAUUACAUUAACUGUUUUCUUGCUGCCUUGUGUGUACUUUCUGAUCUGAAAGUUUUCAGGAGCUACUAAAUUACAACACAUGAGGAAUAACUGUUUACCUUUUUUUCCCAUGUACAUUUAUGAACCUGGGGAAAAAAAAUGUUCAUCCAGCUGGAUAAUUAUUUAGAAGGAUUUUUUUAGUGCUGAGCAUUCUGUAACAUGACUGUGCACCAGUAUGAUCUCUUUAAAACUUGGUGUUUCUUUGGACACUGUAUUUUGUGCUUUGUCAUUUGAUAAGGAUUUUUACUGUCUUUGUGUUCUCAGGAGACCUUAGGACUAACAAAACACUUCUCCCCCAUCCCUUCCCCUCUUUCCCGACCCAAAUGAUAUUUUUUCCACAGUGAUAAGAGCACAAGGUUUUGGUGUUAGAAAUUUAGAAGUUGCUAAGCCAAAGUACGUUUAUUAAAACAUUAGCAAGAGGUUAGGGAAGAACAUCCCAGUGCUCUAAAAUCUCCUGAAUCCAUCUAAAACAGACUUUAGACCUUGUUCCCAAAGCGUUGGUUGAAACAAAGGGGCCUUCUUUUCUGUCAGGUGGAAAGUUUGUUUCCCUGAAGUAUCAUUGUUCCCCUAACAGCUGAAGGGUUGUGCUGUCCGAAUCUUUAGCAUCCAAGCUGGAUUUAAAGUUUCCAGCAGUGAGAGAGAACUAAUGCUAUUAUGUGCCUUCUUACUGUGUGGUGGAGGUGGGGUGAGGGGACAAUCAGUUUGUUCUUUCUUCUGAGCGGGUGGCUUCCCUUUGGUUUCCAGAGGGACAGUGCUGUACUGAGCCUGUGCCAACAGGGAGAUGCCUACGUAACACACGUUGCCAGCAAUCGUACUGAAUACUUUGCUGCUGAACCAGUUGCUCAGGUACCCAGCCUGUCUCUGUUGCUAUGGGAGAUUGGAAGACUAUUACUGUGCCGGUGCUGUCACCAGAUAGCCAAAAUAUAUUUCCAUAUACCUCAGAAAGAAGGACAUCUCCUACAAGCAUGAACUCACAAGUGCUACGCUUGUCACUGCCUUCAUCCAAAAGCAUGCACAGCUUUUUCAGUGCCUUCUGCACAGAAGAGAAUAUUGAACAGAGUAUAUCCUAUAUUGAUAGGGAAUUAACAACAAUGGGGUUUCCCUCUAUUUAUGCGGAGUCCAAAGGAAAAGAAUUAGAUUUAGUAUCUAUGGUAAAUUGUAUGAAUGAAUUGCUUGUACUGCAGCACAAGAACCUUCGAGCUCAGGAAGAAAUAGAAAUACAGCAUCUGAAACUGGGAAGUGAUAUGGAUCACUUGCAGAACUGCUAUACUAAGUUAAAGGAACAAUUGGAAUUAUCUAAGAGGGAAAUAGUUGGGCUUCAGGAAAGAGACAGACAACUGCAAAGCAAGAACAGAAAUUUGCACCAGUUACUUAAAAAUGAAAAGGAUGAAGUUCAGAAGUUACAGAACGUAAUUUCAAGUAGAGCUACACAAUACAAUCAUGAUAUGAAGAGGAAAGAGAGAGAAUAUAACAAAUUAAAGGAGCGCUUACAUCAGUUAGUCAUGAAUAAAAAAGACAAAAAGUUAGCUAUGGAAGUUCUAAAUUGUGUUGGUAGAGCUGAUGGGAAGAGAGGUGCAUGGAGGACUGAUAAGACAGAAGCCAGAAAUGAAGAAGAAAUGUACAAAGUUCUGUUAAGUGAUUAUGAGCAACGCCAAAAACAGCUUUUACUGGAAAAUACUGAGCUAAAGAAAGUUCUUCAGCAAAUGAAGAAAGACAUUAUUUCACUUCUUCCACCACAGAAACAAAAACCCAAAGAAAGAUCUGAAGAUGGGCUUGUGCUGUCAGACCAGGAAGAAGAUAUUGGAGAAUUAAAUAAAGAGAAUAUGUGGGAAUUAUCUUGUGAAACUGUGCGAGAACAGCUUACCAAUAGCAUUAGAAAGCAGUGGCGGAUGUUGAAAAAUCACGUUGAAAAGCUGGAUAACCAAGUGUCACGUGGACAUUCAGGAGCUUUGAAUGAAAAAGAUGUCAUUUCAAGAGAAGACCAUGAGCUAGAAACUGGAAAGCUAGAGCUAGAGAUUCAGCAAUGUAAAGAAAUGAUCAGAACUCAGCAACAGCUCUUACAGCAACAGCUUACAUGUGAUGAUGACACCACUCUGUUACUACAAGACUGCUAUUUGUUGGAAGAAAGAGAGCGUCUUCAGGAAGAAUGGAGAUUAUUUCGAGAACAAAAAAAGAAUUUUGAGAAGGAACGAAAAAGUUUUACAGAAGCUGCUAUUAGAUUAGGACUUGAGAGAAAGGCAUUUGAAGAAGAUAGAGGAGCAUGGCUGAAGCACCAGUUUUUAAGUAUGACUGCUGAUUGCAAGUCUGAAAAUGUGAAAACUCCAAGUGCCUUCUUAAGAAGCAAGUAUUUGGUUCAAAUUAUGUUAUUGCACAGUUUUUUCUCUUCCUUUCAACUAGAAGUCACAACUAUGAAGACAGCAAUUAAAAAUCCAAAAGGUUCUGACCCAGACAUUCGUUUAGUGAGAUCUGCAUCUCGGCAAAGAAGACCUCCCUCUGCGUUGAGUGCUACUGUUUCACCAGAGCCUUGCCAGAUAUCUCAGUACAUUACACAAAACAGUGUUGCAUCAGAAAAACCUGCUGCAGAUUACAUGCCAAAUCUGUGGGUGGAAAGUGAUGACAAAGAAGAAACUGAAGAAUGCACAAAGUCAUGGGAAGACUCUGGGCUUGGCACUCUACAUAGAAACUUGCACAUGGAACAGCUGCCUUAGACUUCUAGGGUUGCCUGCUGGGAUUUUUGUUAGAGACUGGUUCAUAAACUUAUCAUUCUAAAUGAAACAGAAUGCUGUGAGUUUGAUCAUUCUUCUGGAGGAUUACGUGGUGAUCUGAAUUGUGGUGUGUUUCUAUGUGUGUGCACAUGGCUUUUAUUUUUUAGACCAUUUUUUGCCUCUUUCUUGCAACUCUUGAAACAAAAUUUAAGAGUAUAUAAAAGCUUUGAUAUUUUUCUAGUAACAAACUCUAAUUCUGUGAAUAAAGCAAUGGUCUGAAACUUUGACUGUAAUGAAAUACUGGAUCCUAAUGUUACCUUUCAUCACAGGCAGAGAUAGCACUUUUAGAAAUUGUUUAAUUAUUGGAAACAUUCAUUUAUGUCUCAAGUGUAACUGGCAUUAAAUCCUUUUUUGCCUCGACUUGAAUGUACAGUAUACUGUAGAUUUUUAACAAAACAGGUUCUAUAUUUAUUGUGUGAUUUGAAAAUACCUCUUUGAUAUCUCAAUGAUUUAAAGUGCAAAAUCUUUAUAUAUUUGUAAAUAGAACAAGUGGUUAUGCUGAGAAACCAUGAAGUGAAACACAUGCAUACAUAAAUAUUAUUUUACAUGGCAUUUUAAAUUGUUUUCUAGUGAUACUCAGUUUACAGAUCCAUUAGGACUUUCAAUGGUUCAGUCAGAACCCAAGUAUUUCAAAUGUGAACAAUAAAUGUGUAAUUCUAUUC